AUGCCAACUUAUCCACAAUCUUCAUCUUCAGCAGUAUUUUCUAAAGAAACCACAGUAGUUACAAUGGUUGAUAUAAAAACUGAACAUAAUGGGUCAAAUAAUACUACAAAAUUCCAAAGAGAUGAGUUCAAAAGUAAAGUAUCCCCACGUAAGGGUAGCGUUAACGGUAACAAUGGAACUAAUAAAGCAGAUAUGAUUAAUUUUAAAAGGAAAAGUUUUACAUCUGGAUCCCUACAUAGAUCUGUAUUUAAAUCAAAAAAUAAUUUGGGACAAUGGCCUUCAAAGGGGACGGCAACUCAAAAAAACAUCCAAUUAAAACUAAGAGAUAAAUUUGCAUCACCAACUGAUACAUUACUUUCACCAUGUUCUCAAAAAUUAAACGAUCAUAAGACAAAAUUUUUACUUACAAAAUCAAACCCAACAAAAUUAGCAUUUGGAGAAUCCAAAAAGGUUGAUAGUGACGAAUCAAUGUUGAAUUUCCUUUCUGAUUACUAA